GAUUAGGCAUAAACUGUAUUAGUAAUGUAUGGGGAUAUAGGGAAGGUAUAUGGUCACAACAACAACAACAAACAACAACAACAGCAGCAGCAGAGCUUUGCGUCUAGUGCAGAGAUUUAAAGAGAGUUAAAGACAGGCAUGUCCACGUCCAUGCGUUUGCGCACGCGUUGUGCAUGCAUCCACGUGCACGCGUGCAGCCUCGCUGCAGAUCUGACUCGUACAUAAAGGGGAGCAGCCAGUCAGGUUCUUUCGGCGGCAGACGGCAAAAAUGAUAGGCGCACCACUGGAUGCUGCACUCCAUCCAGGCGCGGGACCAGGACCCAGAUCAGCCAGGAAGACCCCGAGGCGCCCAGAGCUGGUCCGGCUCAUCUGGCCACUGAUGCUGUUCACGCUGGUCCACAGAGCAUCAGCUCACCCUCAGUGUCUGGACUUCGAGCCGCCCUUCAAACCGCCCUGGCACCUGGAGUUCUGCCGGCAGUACGAGGAGUUCGGAUGCUGCGACCAGAAGACAGACAACGCGAUCGCGGAGAGAUACUGGGACAUCAUCGAGGAGCUGGAGGCGGCGGGUCAGGAGCUGUGUGCUGACAUGUUGAAGGAAGUCAUGUGUCAGGAAUGUUCUCCAUAUGCAGCCCACCUGUACGACGCUGAAGACCCAUACACACCCGUACGAGAACUUCCUGGCCUCUGCUUCGGCUACUGUUCGGAGUUCCACGGCCAGUGUGCUCAUGUGUUGAAGUACCUGACCCACAACCGGCGGCUGCUGGACACCUCUGUGAGGGACAUGUCCACCUUCUGCAGCAUGGUGGACCUCUCCGACCAGGACUACUGCUACCCCAAUGUUCUGAAGACCACCGACCUCAACAGCAACCUGGGCCAGGUGGUGGAGGACCCCAAAGGGUGCCUGCAGCUGUGCCUGACAGAGGUGGCCAACAGCCUGAGGAACCCAGUGUUGAUGCUGCACAGUGGAGACCACACCCACCGCAUGUUCAUCGCCGAGCAGGUGGGCUUCGUGUGGGUCUACCUGCCGGACGGCAGCCGACUGGAGCGGCCGUUCCUGGACCUCAGCGGGGAGGUGAUGACCACACCCUGGCUGGGCGAUGAGAGAGGGUUCCUGGGAAUGGCCUUUCACCCCAAAUACAGAGACAACGGCCUCUUCUUCAUCUACUACUCCAUCCAGGUCAACAACAAGCUGGAGAAAGUCAGGAUCAGUGAGAUGAAGGUGUCUGCUCACGACAUGAACGUGGCUGACCCACACUCUGAGAGGGUGGUGUUAGAGAUCGAGGAGCCUGCUGCCAACCACAACGGAGGACAGCUGCUGUUUGGACUGGACGGAUAUUUGUACAUCUUCACUGGAGACGGUGGAAAAGCUGGAGAUCCAUUUGGGAAAUAUGGAAAUGCCCAAAACAAGAGUGCUCUGCUGGGGAAAGUUCUCAGACUGGACGUGGACGGUACCGAGCCCAGUGGGAGGCCCUACAGGAUCCCACCUGACAACCCUUUCAUCGGCGACUCUGGCGCCCGACCUGAGGUGUACGCGUACGGAGUCAGGAACAUGUGGCGAUGCUCCGUGGACCGUGGAGAUCCUGUGAGUCUCUCCGGUCGAGGCAGGAUCUUCUGUGGAGACGUGGGUCAGAAUCGCUACGAGGAGAUCGACAUCAUAGUGAAAGGAGGGAACUACGGAUGGAGAGCUAAAGAGGGGUUUGAGUGCUACGACCUGAAACUCUGCCACAACGCCUCUCUGAAUGACGGCCUGCCUAUAUUUGCGUACAGCCAUCAUGUUGGGAAGUCUGUGACGGGGGGAUAUGUGUACAGAGGCUGUGAAUCACCCAAUCUGAACGGACUGUACAUCUUUGGUGACUUUAUGAGUGGUCGAAUAAUGGCCUUAGAAGAAGACAAAACCACAGGAGGCUGGAGAGAGAGGAGUGUUUGUAUGGGAGACACCAAAACCUGCUCUUUUCCUGGACUCAUCAAUCAUCACCACAAGUUCAUCAUCUCCUUUGCUGAAGAUGAAGCAGGAGAACUCUACUUCAUGGCCACAGCGUAUCCCAGCUCCUCCUCUCCCUACGGAACUGUUUUCAAGUUCAGGGAUCCUUCCAGGAGAGCUCCUCCAGGAAAGUGCAAACAGAAGUCACUGCCAGUCAAAGUGAAGGGGAAAAAGAUCCCGUUCGUACCCAGAGAACGUAAUGUGUUGGACACCAAUGAAAAGCCCACCAGACCACCACCCAGACUGGUCAGACUCACCACCAGAGCCCCGGUGUCAAACCGCAGAGUCGAACCUUCCACAACAACAGCGGCAGCGGCCCGUGUGACCCAGGCCAGCACUGACCCACUCAGGCUGAAAACCACAGACGCCCGACACAGGCAGAAAGAUGUGCUGAAACCAUGGAAGAAGAAGAACAAAGUCCUGAAGAAGAAGAAGAAGGUCGGAGAACAAACGAAGAAGGAAAAGAAGAAGACCAUGACGAGGCAGACAUCCAGGACACGGACAAAAACGAUACGGCCGACCGGCGGCCGAGACAGAAUAAACACAGAGACCAAACAGACUGGACCGAAGGAUCCAACACCGUCCACCUGAGGAGGACACAGAGACGGGCCAGACUGGACAAAAACAGCAUCAGUGUCAAAGUGUCCGCAGCUGCAGGUCCCACUUUGACCAGUCAAACGAAUCUGAAUGUGGAAAAACCACAGAACACAACAAGGACACGAUGAAAAAGCACUUUAGGUCAGUCGUUAUUUGUUCCUUUUCCUCACCUCAUGUUGAUGUUGUUGAGCUGUACUGUAUAUGUAGAGAAUAUGAUGAUUAAUACCAGUGUCAAAUAAAUAUGAACCCACAGCCAACAGCUAAAAACAGAAUGCACUCAGCAUCACCUCCAUAUGUCACCGCUAACAAGCUUUAGCUUGUUUUCAUCGAACCGCCACGAAAGCUGAUAUACACAAAACAGAUACUAAAU